GUAUUUGCUAGUCCUUUCUGUUAUAUGCCAAGGGGUCCCAGGAGAUAUCCUUACCAGUAGGCGCCGCGGAGAGUUAAUCAAAGGAUUCCAACGUCUUUUUAGGAAUUCAGAGGGAAGAAAGACGGUGCCAGAACUAGUACUAAGCUAAACUCGGUGAGAGAAAGAGAUGGAGGGUUCGAGUAUGGCCAUUGCUUCUUGCUUUCGUCUGAUUGCGACCAUUCUUCUUCUUGCAAUGGCUGGUCGCUGCUCCUCGCAGCAAAUGGAUCAUAUCCAACUCAGCAGAAUUGCAGACUCGAUUGACGACCUCACUCACGUGGUGCAAGCACAAGCGGUUGUUUCAGAGAAAGUAGCCUCAGGAAUCAUGAAAAUGUUCACCUUAAUGGCCACAGAUCAUCUUGUCUGUGAGAGGGGUUGGUUUAAGCUGAGAUCCUCCUGUUACUACAAGAGUGAAGACACCAGCACUUGGGAAGAGAGCCGUCAAAAGUGCAUAGCCUUGAAUUCCGACUUGGUCAAGAUCUCUCAUAACGACGAGUACAACUUCCUCCGUGAUCUUGCAAAAGGUCACAACACCUACAUAGGACUCAGUGACUUGCAAGAAGAGAGUACCUACAGAUGGGUUGUAGAUGGCACCAUUCACCAAAUCGUUGAAUCAUGGUGGGGUGAAGGCGAACCCAACAAUUCAGCAGAACGUUGUGUCCAUUACUAUCAUUCAAAAGACGAUCGCCUCAAUGAUGCUAACUGUGCCAAGGAGUUUAGGUACAUUUGCGAGAAACCUGCCCAACUGCCUUGGAACUUUGCUUCAGUGCUAGAUGAAGAAAUGCCUGCAGACAAGUGAAAUGGAAGAUGGAUCAGGAGUAAGAGUAGUUUUCCUUCUAAGUGUCUACAUAAAGUAAAAUUGCCUGUUGUUGUGUACUUGCAUUUCUUGAGCUGUAUUCUGUUGGACAAUUUGAUAAUUCAUGUUUACAUUUCUUUAAUUAAUCAAUACAUAGAACUGCAACAGUAAGGUUUACUUCAAACUGAUAUACAUCAAAAGGAAAAUGAGUAUAAAGCUAUCUGGUUUACCAUUUGGUAGGAGAACUGAAGUGUUUUGUGAAUACGUUUCUUUCAGAGUAGUUUCUCUGUGAUGUCUUACUUUCCCUCUAGGUGAGAAACCAACUCCAUCAUCUAGGAAAGUAGGUUUGUAAUUUUAAUAAACAUGGUUGAUCUAAUUUGAAAAGGGGUUGAGUCUCUCAUGAGACGAUUUAUUGUUGUGUGUGUGUGUUUUUUUCUUUUUUGCAAAGUAGCCUAAUUAUCUGAAUAAUGGAAGUGUUGUGUUGACAGACACUGUUCUUUAGAAACUAGGCAUAUAAAUCUUUAAACGCGCAUCUGUCUCUGUCUCAUGAAUGAAACGUUACCUACAACAACUGUUAGUCCAGUAAUUAAAGAGACGAGGUUUGAAAAAAUAGCUUUUUGUUUCUCAACUGAUUAGGUUUCAUUGGGUAAAUUAGGUUUGAUAGCUAAGAUAUAAAAUCUACCCUGAUCUGCUCACUACUAAUGCCCUGAAUUGGCCCUAAUCCAAGAUGGCCGCCAUUGCCAAUAUUUAAUGCCAAAAAAUUAAACGUCUUCCUAACUAAUAAUGCUAUAAAAGCAAAUAAGGUAUGUAAUUCUAUGGUUUGGGGACCAGGGAAUUCAUCUAAAGCAUUUUCAAUAAGAUUAAGAAGAUAUUAGAGCUUGAUUGUGACAACAUCCGUAAUUGUAUUCCCAAAUUUAAUAUCUAGGAAGCUGAAUCAUCCAGAGGCUCUGCUUUACUAUUCACUGCAGCAUUGAUGCAGUGAUUCCCUUGCAGUGACCACAAGCCAGGGUGCACAAGAGUCCAUCUUUGCGACAGGAACAAGAAUUUUUCUCACACUUGACGUGACAGUUGCAUUUGACUAUUUUCAACAAAGAUGCUUGAGCGGCAUCCUUCUGCAUCCUCAUUGGCUUCAGUUUCACUAGAUUCUGGUCUUUGUGGAUAAACCAACCCCACUUUAUUGGAUGAAGAUGAUUAAUUUGCCAUGUCUAGUUUACCUGGUGGUACACUGUAACUGUGGUACUUGGCUGCAUCACAGGUGGGUGGAAGAGGUUCAGGAGUCAGAUAGACCAACCUGGAUACCAAUUUGUUACUGAAAAUAGCUGCUCUUUCAAAGUCAAAGCUAUUUCCAGGCUUACAGUUGUAUAAGAUUUCUAGAGCAGCUUGCCCAUGCUUGUUAUAUCAUCAUGACAUUGAUUUGCCUUCAUAAAUAACUGGGCAUGAUCCUUGAGCUGAUGGCAUUUGUUAAGUGCCAUGACCUUCCCUAUGCCGUAUGGCCUUGAUGUCUUAUCACACCCUGUGAUUGCAUGCAGGAAGAGCAAUGAUACAAUAAGGUCAGGAGUUAGAUGAUCUUGCAGGAUCCGGAUGUUGAUUAUCUUGUUCACUGUCUGCAAGAAGAUGUCAUGAUGUCUAGGACUUAGAUGGUGCUGGAGCAGGACCAGCAGGUCGGUGUCAUCCCCUAUAACUACCACUAAUCUCCUUUUGGCCAUAGCACAUACUGUUGACACAAUGUCGUAGUGGGCAACUCCAGUUACUUUCAGCUCAUUACCAAUAAAUUGCAGAAACUUUUGUUUGUUCCUGGGGUUUGCAAGGAAAAUGUUCUUCUUCAUGGUCAGCUGCAUUUCUGGCUUAAAGUAAUGUCUGUUCCGAUGUUUGAGCUGGCACGUCUCUGGUGUGCUUUAUCCUUGGUAGAGGGACCUUUUCCAUAGCCAUCGAAUAUGACAACCGCAUGUCUGUAGUGCUGAAGUAUAUACCGCACAUACAAACUGGACAGACAGGUAUAUGAUGUGAUGGACUUUCUUUUGGCAGAGCUUCAAUGAUUAUGAAAGCUAUCCACCACAACUGCUGGUCAAAAGUGAUAACUGGAGUUGUGUUGUACCUGCUAGCAUGGUACAUAAUAUACUCCAACAUGGAGUGCACACAAAUAGGGUGAGAUGGCAUGAGGUCAAUCAUAGGCAGGAUUAUUUCAACUUUUUCCUGGAUGUGGGAUGUGAUGUAACAUCUGUAUGUACCACAUAGGUUGUGGCUUUGGAAGGUGGAAGGCUACUGUCCACAUCAAAUCGAGGCUGUCAUUUUGUAUGUCUCGUUGAAACACUUCAAUACUGGUAUACAUAAUUUUGAAAAGAAGUGUCUUUGGAUUUCUCUGUUCAACCAGAUCCACUUGAGCUAAUUGCUUGAUGAUCUCCAUGUCCAUCUUGCAUCGUGGGAUUUUCUUGGUGCUCUUGACAGCUGGGAUAAAUGUUGCCAUUUCGCCUAUUACAUGAACUGACCCAUGGCCAUCUAAGGUUCUGAAGACAUGGUCAACACUGUCUGCUUGGUACUGGAGGAAAGAGCCUGCAGUUCCUUCUGGGAGAUCAGCACAGUGCACUGUUGCAGCAUUGCAUCGAUACUUGUUUGGCUCUGUGUAUGCAGAAGCCAAGUUUGCUGAUCAUGUUAACCAAAUCACGGUGACCAUACUUGUUUUUGAGUGUCACACUGAGACCAACUUGCAGGGUGGAAGAAAUGAGCACUAAUUGAGGCCACAUGCAACUGUGCAUUUCUACACUUGAAAAUGCUGCUUAGGGGCAUUCAAAUGAAUAAGGGAGGUAUGCAACAUUUGGAUUAACAUAAACAUUUCAUCUGAAUUUUGGUACUCCAAAUUAUGAAGUUCCAUGAAUUUUAUCUCAGUUCUUAUGAAUUCCCCAACCGUUUCAAUAAGUCUCUCCAUAUCAUAGAGUUCUCUCGAUUCACUUGCUCUGUCAUGUGCUUCUUGGAUAAUAGUUUCAACAUGGGACUUCGGAGUAAUGAUAUUAGAACAUUGUUUGAUGGUGGUAAUUGAUACCCUUGCACCAUAGUGGUUCUCCAACUUUUGCUUCAGUUGCUUGAGGAUGUACACUUUCUCCUAAGUCAUGCCACUCUCUCUUAUCAUAACUAAGAGCAAGUAUUGCAGUGUAAUGGUCUCACCGUUGUUGUUUCCCAGAAAAUCAAUUUCAUAUUGAACAGAAUCAGUUUUGGAUUUGCUUCUAGGUCGACCAACCUUUCUUCUCUUGCUGAAAGAUUUGCAUUCGUCAGAUGCAAAUCCUGGGGAGCCCUUCCCUUCAUGGACAGAUCCUUGCACUCGUGAUGGUAGAUCCUCCUCAGCUGGUAGAACAUUUAUCACAGAAAGACGAGACUUGACUUUCAAGGCCCAAUUAUCUUCCCUGAUGUGACAGGGACUAAGGAUAUUCUUUUGAAAUCCUUAAGUCAUAACAUGCCAGUAUCUGUAGCUAUGGUAGGAUUUUUCUUUGCUAGAGACAUUUCAACGAGCACUCCUUAGAAGAGGCAGUGAUUUUGAAAUGGAAGACGUAUUCCUCUUCUGAUCUCAGGUUUGCCUUACCCACCUCAGAAGAAUCAUGCUUUUUGGCAGACUGGAUGGUUUUGGGAUUUGUGUGCCUACUCCUGCAGACUUUGUGCACAAGGAUAUCACGGCUCUUGUUAAUACCCACAUCUGGAACAUCUAAGUUUUUCUCUUUGUUUGCACUGUUAAUAUCAGCACACCCUUUCUUUGUCAGCUUGACA